AUGGACUCCCCACAUUUAUCUGAAGCUGUUUUUGUGGGACUGUGUAAUUACAUAGGGACUUCACGUCAAAUAUCCAUGAGGAGAGAAGUAUGGGACAUUAGACAGAGUAUUACUAAUCAAGUAAACAAGGAGGAGGAUAACUACGAAAUGUGGAGUGGAAGUCGAAAGGAGGGAUUCAGACUUGCCUCGUCUGAUAUGGAUUGGAUGUUCUCCCCAAAAGAUCACAGAGUGAUAUGGAACUUAUGUCAGAUUAAGUACUAUACCCUACUCAGUAAAACGCUGAUUUUAUCUGAGUGUCAGAUGAGUCCCCCAGGGUUUGUUUUACUGCAGUUAUUAUCGCCAUCAUACCGAGGUUUCUUGAGAGAAAUCAUAUCUGCAUGUGUCGAAAUGGAAAGCAGAUAUUAUAUAUCUAGCUCUAUAUACAGACAGAUAACUUGUUCCAAAGUAUUCCCUUUCGCUACCGUUCAUGGUCCGUGUGGUAGCAGUAAUUAUGGGAUUGCCGGAGUGGAAUGUGAUGCCGCACAGUGCCUGACAUGUGACAUUUGGCCACCUAUUGCUUCUUCAUUUAUUACUAGAAGUUCAAGCUGGCCAGAAUCGCACAUUCUAGGAGAUAUAGUUAAAGGUGGAUGUCAUUUUGUAGCAAUUGGACACAAGCUAUCUGUACACGAAGACAAAGAAUGGAGGAUAUCCUUUUCCUUGGCAGAGCAGAAGCUUGUAUACUCGAUGAACCAUUGUCAAUUUUUGACGUAUGCUUUAUUAAAACUGUUCCUGAAAAAUGUUAUAAACAGUGAAACAGAAGAAAAACUACUUUGUUCCUACCACAUGAAAACAGCAGUUUUCUGGGUUAUCCAGCAAAACAUCGUCCCCAUCUGGUCUCCACAAAAUCUUUUAGAAUGUUUCUGGAUCUGCUUUAAAAUGAUUCUUAAAUGGGUGUAUGAUGGGGUCUGUCCUAACUUUUUUAUUCCAGAAAAUAACAUGUUUCUCUGUAAGAUCCACGGGCAUGCGCAGAAAACCUUACUUAUAAGGCUUUGUGGUCUGUAUGAGAAAGGAAAUGUAUCUCUUCAACAUAUUCCAUCCAUAAGAUGCAAUAUUUUACAUGCUCUUCAAAAUCCAAGCAGCUUUGUCAGUGUAGAUGAACAUCUUCUCCUACCAGACACAAACUUUGAUGUUGAAAUGUUUACUGAAAUUGCAACCGUGAAUUUUCACCGCAUUCCACACUUAAAUACAUGUUGGAAGCAUUUAAAAGCAAUAAGUGUUUUAAGAAAUUCAAACUUGACAAAGUGUCAGUUUCUCACAAUUUAA